UUAACAGCAAAUAUCAAUAUUAAUCAAUAAUGGAUAAGCCAGUGGUUGACCCAAUUGUAAGUCCGAUUGGAGAAUUGGGUUGCUCUCAAUUAGUUUUCUGCCUCUUCAUAUUCUUGUCCAAGUUUCCAAGCGGGUGGAUACAAGUGUCACAUAUUUUUCUGUGUUACAAUAUGAAUGCUAUAUGUACUUCACCUAGCAAUAUUACUGAUGCCUGCGAUGACGCUUGUCAGAAACAUGAUUUUGAUCGCAGCAUUUUUGAAGAAAAUGUCAUAAGCGAAUUUGACUUAUCAUGUAAACGUAAAAAAUGGGCUUCGAUUUCUCAGACAAUAACCAUGGGUGGAGUUAUGACUGGUAGUAUCUUAUUCGGUAUUAUCUCUGAUAAAUGUGGUCGUCGUCCUGCUUUUAUUACUGGUUGCAUGAUAUUAAUGGUAUUUAGUGCUCUAGUGUCCCUUUCACCUUUUUUUUGGGUAUAUUGCUUAUUUAGGUAUAUAACUGCUACCGCUACUGGUGGUGUAAUGGUAACUAGUUUUGUACUUAUAAUGGAAAUUGUUGGAAAAAGUAAACGUGAAAUAAUGACUAUACUAUAUCAAAUUCCAUUUAAUAUGGGACAUGCAUUACUACCUAUAUUUGCUUAUUUCUUCCGACAUUGGCGUAAGUUUAAUAUGUGCUACUCAAUCGUCCAUUUUGUCUACAUCGUAUAUUUCUGUGUCAUUCCGGAAUCACCGCGCUGGCUAUACACACAUGGAGAUUUAGAUAAGUCUGCAAAGAUUCUUACAAAAAUGGCCAAAACUAACGGGAAGCCAACUGAAUCGAUUCGCUCUGAUCUGGAAUCAGCAUACGCCAGACUUAAAUCAACGCAACCAGCAGCGAAGGCGAGCAUCAUUGACUUAUUUCGGACACCAAAUUUGCGAAUUAAGACCAUUGCAAUGGCUUUUGAAUGGUUCGUAAUAUGUUUGGCCUACUACGGUAUAUCACAAUACGUAACACAUAUGAGCGGUGAUGUAUUCGUAAACGUUGCGAUUGGAGCAUGGCUUGGGGUACCUGGAACAUGUAUAUGUGUUCCAAUGACAAAAUAUUUAGGACGGAAGCCCACACUAAUGAUAUCAACUUUUUUAACAGCAAUUUCGUUAUUACUUAUGGCAUUUUUACCCAAAAUACCCGAUGUAGCUAAAAUAAUACUUGUGACCGCUGGUCUCUUUGGUGCAUCGGUAACGUUUCCAAAUGUUUAUAUUUAUGGAGGUGAAUUAUUUCCUACUGUCGUACGGAACUCUGGUAUUGGUUUAUGCUCAUUUAUAGGUCGUCUUGGUUCUAUGUUGGCUCCGUUCGUGGCAGAAUUAGCUCAUGUUCACUUGAGCUUACCAGGAGCCAUAUUUGGAGUCAUGUCAUUCUUAGCUACUUGUGCUUGUUUUUUAAUGCCAGAGACCAGAAAUACUCUUUUACCGGAAACUCUUGAAGAUGGCGAGAAUUUUGGCAAAAAGAAACCUGAACAAUAAUAAUAAUUUUAUUUUAUUUAUUUCCAGAAUUGAUGAACAGUACAACAAAUUUAUAUUUUGUAAUGUGUAUGACUAUUUUAAGGUACAUAAAUAUUUCUAUAUUUAGAAACCAUUACUUUGACUCGUACAUAAUAAAUUGUA